AUGACAGCAGGCGGCGAAGGCCCCCGGAACCAUCUCCAAGUUCUGGCAAACUCCAUUGUCGCUACCAUAUUGUCAAUCGCUCAUGCGAUUAUUCUGGCCCACACAGCGGGCCCUAAAUCAUGUUUCUCACUCGGCCAGAAUGCAGCUGACAUCUUAAUCGUCGGAAUUGUAGCAAACUACGCCGCUGUCGCUGCAGACACCUUCUCCUCCGAGCUCGGCAUUCUCUCGAAAUCUAAACCCCGCCUGAUUACUUCGUUGAGUCUACGUCAAGUCCCUCCCGGUACAAAUGGUGGCGUUACCGCGACUGGUCUUGGGGCUGGUCUUCUGGGGUCGUUCAUUGUUUCCGCGACAUCUGCUGCAGUACUUCCGUUCUGCGCUAGUGCCGGAUUAAAGGAUCGGGCUCUGUGGACCGUCGCUUUGACUCUUUGGGGUACAUUGGGUAGUGUCCUUGAUAGUGUUCUUGGUGGACUUUUGCAGGCUAGUGUUGUCGAUAAGAGGAGCGGGAAGGUUGUAGAGGGGAAUGGUGGCAGGAAGGUUCUCAUUCACCCUUCCACUGGUAAGUCGGUUCUUACUGGUGAUCGCACUGCCAAAACCACUGGUAGCAUUCACAACGCUGCAUUGCGUGGCAUCCAGGUGACACAUGUCCCCGAGGAAACUCAGGAAAGUCGUUGUCUUGAAACUGGUCACGACUGGCUAGAUAACAAUGGCGUCAACCUCCUCAUGGCUGCGACUAUGAGUGUUGGGGCUAUGGGUAUUUCACAGUGGUUCUGGGGGCUGGAUGUGCUCGAUUUGCUGGUGUAA